AUGACCUCAUUACCACCUCAAACCACCUCAGCUCCCCGAGGGCCGCGUCGACCACAACGCUCCCCCCAGUCUACUGGGACACCUGCCUCUGCCUGGCUUCUCCAGGCUACACCACAACAACGGCACCUGCCGUUCCCUAACUCAACCACAACUGAGCCUCUUCCCUGUCUCUAUCUUGACUCUGUCAAGCCUCGUGAUCCCACCAGUGCCCCCCCUCAUUUUAGCUUCUACUCUCACGUUGUCCAGCCUCAUGCUCCCCUGGGGUGCCCCCAUAACCCCCCUUGCCCCCCGCUGUCCAGGCCUGGAGUGCUCCCACCAGUGCCCCCCCUGCUUAUACCUUCACGCUGUCAGGCACCGUGCUCCCACCACAGUGCUCCCCCGCAACCCCUGCCACCCUCAUGCUGUCCAGCCUCGUGCUCCCCACCAGUGCCCCCACAACCACCCCUUACCUCCACGCUGUCGCCUCGUGCUCCCACCAGUGCCCCCCACAACCCCCCACCCCCCCACGCUGUCCAGCCUCGUGCUCCCCCACUAGUGCCCCAACCCCCUUACCCCACAUGUCCCAGCCUCGUGCUCCAUCAGUGCCCCACAACCCCCCUUGCCCCACGCUGUGUCAAGCCUCGUGCUCCCACCAGUGCCCCCACCAAGCCCCCCAGUGACAUGACACAAAUCAUGUACCUCUUCCAAGAAUUUGUCAGGCAUGUUGAGCAACUCUUCUCUACACUCUGUACCGCCAUCUCCGACCUACACAACCAACUCUUGCCCGAGGCUGCCACCCUGUCACUCCCCUCUUUUGGUUUGACACAAGCUGGUAGCCCCCCCUGCUCACUGCCUGUGCGUCCUGCUGCCCCCGCGCCAAGCCCUGCCUUAUCCUCACGUCACGUGGUGGCUCAACCCGUCUACCCACCGCAAGCCACGCCUGCUCCUGUGCUGUCUCCACCAGGGCUCCCUUCCAGACCUGACGACUCCACUCCCGGCCACCCAAGCUCCGCCGACAUGCCUGCACCUAAGGCCCAUCCGUCCACGUCAGGGGUACACAUGUACCCAACCGGCCAGCCUGAAAUCAGUCUAAUACACUACAAUGGAUAG